ACGCGUGACCGGUUCAGAGGAAAACAUGCUCGUCCACUUAUUCAUCCAUGACUGAGGCCAAACAGAAUGCCGAGUGUGUUUCGGAUUACAUGACUGGCCGGAUAAAUUAUAGCGGACCCUAGUGCAUUUUCACUUCAUCCACUAGGAAAGAAAACUUCCAUGUCCCCCAAAACAUGGUGUUUCGAUAGAGCAACGACAUCGUGUCUUGUUGAUGUUUCUUUUGGUCUCAGAGCUGAUGAUAUACUGUGCUUGGUCAUACUGUGGCGAAAGAAAACUGUAACUGUACGUUGGUGAAGAUGGAUGAGGAAGCCAUGGACAACGUGAUCCCGAUGGAUACCUACAUUCUUCCGAACACUAAAAACACUCUAGUCAUCCCCGUCCAGUACAGAGCAGCGGAAGGAAGGGGAAGCGGAGAAGUGUCUGGGCCACAUCUCGUGAUUCCAUCACCCGGUGGCAGUGCGUACAGUAGGAAUCUCACCAAGAGUAUCGAAAUUUGCGUGUUUCUCGCGGACAAGUCCGGCGUCGAGUUUUCAGUGGAUGGAGGCAAGAUGGCCACCGCGCAGGACCUCCACGAGCUUGUCGUUGAACUAUUGGAGCUGACGUCGAUAGCCCGAGACCUGUUUGCACUGUGGGUCACGUCACCUCUGCUCGAGAUUCAAUUGAGACCACAUCAUAUUCCAUUCAGAGUUGUGCAGCAGUGGCCAGACCUAGUGCAGAAGUAUACUUCAGCCACGGCUGAAGAAAUCAUCCAAGAUGAGCCCGUUCUCAUGUUCCGAAGAAAUGUGUUUUUCUCUAAGGCGAGAGAAAUGCGAGAGGCGACCGAUGCUGAAUCUUUACGACUUCUCUACGAGGAAGCCAAGUUUAACGUCGUGGAGAGUAGAUGUCCGUGCUCGUCCGCUGAUUGUGAGAAGCUUGCUGGGCUGCAAGCCGUCAUAGAGCAUGGGCAAUACGACCACAACCAGCACAAACCAGCGUUCUACAAAAAUAAGGUACGCAGCUAUCUGCCUGAGUACAUGUGCAAGUCAAGUUGGUUGAAAACUAAAGCAGAGACGAGAAUAUCACAUCAGCACAUGCGAAUGUCAACAAAGGAUCCUCAGGAUGCACUGUACACCAAGUAUCUCACUCAUGUCUGGAAUAUGCCAUUCUAUGGGUCGGCCUUUUUCAAAGGUCAAAUUGAAAGACCGGCAGGCAUACUCGGGACCUGGACACAGAACCCGGAUGUGGAGGUGUUUGUAGCCAUCAAUUCGGAGUGCGUGAACAUCAUUGACAGGGAAAAGCAUGAGCUGACACUGUCUGUACCGUUUGAGAAGUUGUCGUGGGAGUACAUGCAGCCACCGUGUCAGGGACAGGAGGGGCGCAUGCCGUGCCUCUUUCUGCAGUUCAUGUGUUGUGAAGACAGGUCUAUGGUGACAAAUUUACUCCAGGUGUUCUCCAAGCAGGCGGCCAUGAUGGACGCCAUGAUAGAAUCGUGUGUGCUAAUGAAGACAGGCAGUGUACCAAACACGCCGAGUAGUUGUACGGCACCCGUGUACCCACCUCUGCAUGUGCACAACGAAAACGGCAACACAGAUGCGGACGCUGGCUAUGACACGGUCGACACUGUAGCAUGCACACAGCAGAUGGGAGAGCAUGGAGUGGCAGCUGCCAUACCUAGCCUGGUCGCACACUUGGAGCGGCUUGUGGUUUCAACCUUCAACUUACAAGGUGAAUGUAUGAAAGAUGGCAGCAGGAGACAAGCAUGGAGAUUCGACAGAUGAUGUCUUUACCUAACUUGGAGAUUUGCUUCUAAUACUCGACAUUGAGGAGUUAGUAUCUCAGAGGGUGUAGACCCUUUCAAGUCACUUGUGAUAUGGUGUGAAACACAGACACUAUGCUAAUGGUUCCUGUAAAAGGCUACCGCAUGUAUAGAGGGUGAGUAUGUGUUUUUUACAUACCGAGUUAUAUUUCACACGUAUUUAGGACUUGAUCUAAGCUUGUCCAGCUAUGCAAUCAUGUUGAUGAAUAUAAGAAGGCAUACAGAGAACGCCAGUAGAGAUACUUUUAUUGUAGUGGGUAGUAUGCAGUGUAGUAACGUUGUGCUAUAGUCGUGUGUAGUGCCUUGCAAUUUACCUGCUAACUUGUUAUUAUCAUAUGUAAAAUAAUGGUUUUACGAUUGAAAGUGAUGAAGCUCUCCUUUCCGACCAGCUGCGAUGUUGUGUUGCAACUGAAAACUUUAUAUAAAAUGAAAACUAUAAAAAAAAUAUAUAAAUGAAUACUUAAUAUCGUUUCCAUUAUGUGAAAUAAUUUAACGACAAUGUAAUUAACAUUUUAAAAUACGGAUGUAGUGCAAAUAAUGCACAAUAAGUGUAUUGUCGUCUUUAUUGUAGUUAAGGUGUUAUUGCAUUCAAAACUGAACAUUUAAGCCAGUUGGAAAAUCCUGGUUGCAUGACAAAGUUGAUCUGUAUGUUUAUGCUUUAAACGAGUGUAAAUAAAUGUAUAUGAGUGCAAUGUGCAGUUCUUCACUAUCUAAAGUAUACAUAUGUCGAGAAAAAUUACUGCCAUAUAGUUGUAUAUAUCAUUUAUAUGACUGUAAAGUGGGAUGUGUGCACGUAGUGUAUUUUCAUCAUUUUUAAUUCAUGCCAUUGAAUUUAGAUGGUUUCAUUCAAUAGAGGACUAUAUAGUGACAUCAUUUGUGAUAUUUUACUGGUAGAAAGGACCUAUGUUGUUCAUAUUCAGAAUAUAGGAUCAUUGUAAAAAAAUAGUCUCUGUGUAGUGUUUAGCUAUGGAGAGUUAUUUUUAUUAGUUUAUGAAAAGAAGUAUGAAGUUUUACUUUUUUUGGUAAAUGCUGAGCAGCUAUAUACAUAGUGUAAAUACAUUUGUGUCCUAGAGAGAAAGUUAAAUUUGAUUUUCUCGCUAUAUUUAUAGUUUGCAAAUUAUGUACGAAUAGUAUAGGAGGAUUAGGGUUAGGGUUUUAUUUUAUUUUCAUCUUGGCAUUUAGGCCGUUUAAAAGGUUGAAGCACCAGAUAUAGUUUUGUUCGUAGCAUGGAUCAGUGUCGUCACUGUCGUGCAAAGAACCCACAAUUAGCUCUGGUGUGUGCGAGUUUUUAUAUUAUUGCGAUGUUUUUGAUUUGCGGUUUUAUGUGAGUAAACAUGGAAAGAGGAUAUUGCUUGCCUUUUCGUGGCACGUGCAUAUACCAGGUUUUCUGGCUGCAUAAUAGUGACAAGCACCUCAUUUCAUUUCU